UCUACAUUCACCACCAUCCCGGCGAGAAUAAUUAAUUAUAUCUACUCAAUAUGUCUACAACCCAAGCUCCAUGGCAUGCAGCCUAUCCUGCCCCAAGGGGCGCUGCAGCCACACUACCCCGCCAAGAGCUAUUACAAUGGCUCAAGGAGGGUAAACAACCCGGAAAAGAUUUUGUGCUAGUAGACCUACGACGCGCAGACUACGAGGGAGGCACCAUCCGGGGGUCCUUGAACCUCCCGGCCCAAAGUUUAUAUCCAACAAUUCCUACUCUUUACAAGCUCCUAGCGGCAAGUAAAGUGGAGAGUGUUAUCUGGUAUUGUGGGUCAUCCGGAGGCCGUGGAACGCGGGCUGGCGGUUGGUUCGCGGAUUAUCUCCAGGAUCAAGGCGAGACGAACCUGAAGAGCUUAGUAUUAGAAGGUGGAAUUAAAGGAUGGGUCGCGGCAGGACCGGAAUAUACGGAGCUUAUGGACGAAUAUGAUGCGUCGUUUUGGACGAAGACGACUUCAGGAUAGUUUGGUAUUUGACUAGUAUGGCGAUAUGAUGUUUAUGAUACUUGUUUGGUAUCUGUUGAUGAUCAUAUCACAAUAAAU